UUCCCCACAUACUUCUAGAGUCUACCCAGUUUGGUCAUUACAAUGCCCUCUUACGCUGUGAUCGGUGCUUCUCGGGGCAUAGCCUUGGAGCUAGUCCGUCAACUGGCUGCCAGCCCUGACAAUGUUGUCUUUGCCGUUGUGCGAAACAUUGCAACCUCCACGCACCUCACGGCCUUCGUUACGGAAUCGAAAAGGAACAAUGUGCAUGUCCUGCAGGCAGACGUUGUGGAUCAUGUAGCACUGAAGGCCGCCGCGACUCGCGCAGCCGAAAUCACCGGUGGUUCCUUGGAUGUCCUCAUUCAUAGUGCCGCACGAAUGGAAUAUACGACGAUGUUCAAAACGCUGACAGACUAUGAGGACGACGAGAAGCUCGAGGAAGACUUCCUGGAAUACUUCAAGGUGAACACUCUGGGUGUCACCCAUUCCAUCAAUGCGUUCCUCCCUUUGCUCCGUCAAGGAACCACCAAGAAGAUUGUGGUCAUCAGUAGUAUCGCAGGCGAGCGUAAUAUCGCAUGGGAUCUGCGCAUCGAUGUCAUGGCGGCGUACAGCGCGUCCAAAGCCGCGACGCACAUGGUGUUGACAAAAUAUGCGGUCCUCCUGGAGAGCGAGGGAUUCACCGUCGUCAGUCUGUUUCCUGGCAUGGUCGACAUAUCUGCCACUGCAGUUGGUCCACUUUCGGCGGACUUGUUGACAGACAUAGGAUCACUAUUGGAGAAAUUCAAAAAGGCUGACCCGAAUGUCGACUUGACGCCUCUCUCGUUGGAAAACGGGACCCGUUCCUUGCUUGAGGCCAUACAUUCAUUCGGUCCGGCUGAUACUGGCGCUGUGAGAUCCGCAGAGGGCCAUACUGUAGCCAGAGUGGUGGUGGACGCUUGAACGUAUGUCGAUCUGUGCAUUUCAGAAUCACGAACGUCUUGUACUU